AAGAAAAAGUUGUACACAAACGUGCAAACACACACACACACAGAAAACAGAAAUAUUGAAGUUUGGCUGUUGACGAUGAUAAAAACUGAUGCUGAUGACGAUGAUCAUGCUGAUGCUGAUGCUGAUGCUGAUGCUGCUGAUGCUGUAGCUGAUGCUGCUGAUGCUUAUGCUGAUGAAGUUGUUGGAAAAACCGAUGAUAAUGAUGAUGAUGCUGAUGCUGAUGAAGUUGUUGGAUAA